CGCGCCCGAAGGCGGGCGCCGGGAAGGAGACCGCGGCACCCCUCGCCAGCGCCUCCCGAGGAGGGGUCGAGAGCGUCCCCAAGGGCGCCCCGCGCGAGGCUGGGGUCCGGCGGGCAGCGGCGCAGCCUCCGAGCCAAGUCGCCAGAGGACCCCAGCUCCCUCCCCUCCGCUUCGUCCGGCGCCUCGCGCCCACCCCGGCUCCGGAGCUGUCACUUCCGCGCGCCGCCGGGUAGGGGACCGGGCCGUCGUCGAGGAGGAUGCCCGGGUGUUGGCUGCGUCCGCAAGCGGCUGGCCGGCGCUGCCCAGGGAAGCGGUCGGGAUAGCGCCGCCCAAAGUUUCCUUCGCGGCGGCGUCAGGCGGAAACAUCCCGCUCCGAGGCUCACGGAGAGCGAAGGGAGGCUAGGGCACCAGAGGGGACAGGCCCAGGCCUGCGCGGGAGGGCGCCCCGGAGUUCAUGGGGGCUCUGGAGGCUCCCUAAGGGCAGGACUGGUGGUCGGCGUGUGCCCAGGCGGAGGCAGGUCCAGGGCGCGGCUGCCCGUUCCUAGCGCCCGGCAGUGACCGUGACCUCCGCGCGCUCCCCGCGCACGUGCUCGUCGCCGAGCACGAGGAGGGGUCCGGCUGCACCCGCUGGGCAGCGGCUAGGGGGCAGGCCCAGGGCACACAGAGGCGGUGCGGGGGAGCGCGCACGCCGCGCCCCCGCCUUCCCCGGGAUCGGACUGGCCGCUGCGAGCGCAGAGCCGCCGGGUGUCGUGCCUGCCCGGCGGCGGCGCCACUGGACCCCGUGCGGGGAGGAGUCGCGGAGGGACAGGUGUAGCCCGCAUCCGCGGGCGCCGCGCGCCGAAGAACUGGGUGGACUCGGCGGCCCGGAAGGGGCUCGCGGGGCUCUGAGGUCCGGUCCCUGCCACGCAGGCCGGUCGGCACCACUUGGCGCUGCCAGUCGCAGGGGAGGAAGUCGCGGUGCAGUCCGGUUCCCCAGCGGCCGUCCGGGCGCGACCCUGGCGCCCACUACCCGCGGCCGCCCCCGCAACGACCCCCGCAGCGGCCCUGGGACCUAGAGGUGAGCGCCGCCGCCGGCGCCGUCCCCAUGCUGCUCGGAGCGCCCAGGCUGUGCGCUUCCAGGGCGGCCGCCGCUGCGCAGAGCGAGGGCGACGGCGACAGGCUGGGCGGGGACAUGGACGAGUCUUCGCUUCUGGACCUGCUGGAGUGCUCCGUGUGCCUGGAGCGCCUGGACACGACGGCCAAAGUGCUGCCCUGCCAGCACACCUUCUGCCGCCGCUGCCUGGAGAGCAUCGUGUGCUCGCGCCACGAGCUGCGCUGCCCCGAGUGCCGCAUCUUGGUGGGCUGCGGCGUGGACGAGCUGCCCGCCAACAUUCUGCUGGUGCGCCUGCUGGACGGCAUUCGCCAGCGGCCCCGCGCAGGCGCUAGCCCCGGCAGCAGCCCGCCCGCACGUCCUGGUCCGGGCCCUGGGCCUGGUUCGGGGGCGGCCUCGGCGCUCGCGGGUGGUGGGGGCAGCGUCCCUGGCUCCCCGGUCCUCCUCCCCGCGGCGACCAGCGCCACCGCCAGCCUGCGCGAGCUGGCGACCAGCAGGAGCGCGCCCCCGGCAAAGAGCUUUCCCCAGCCGCCCUCCAGCAAAGCCCUGCACAGCUACGAGGGGAAGGAGCCCGGGGACCUCAGGUUCAGCGAAGGGGACGUCAUCGUCCUGCGGCACCGGGUAGAUGAGCGCUGGUACCACGGCCUUCUGCCCACCAGCUACGUCCAAGGUGUGCGGCCGCUGCCCCAGGCUCCGCCCCAGGGCAAAGCACUCUAUGAUUUCGAGAUGAAGGACAGAGACCAGGACAAGGACUGUCUGACCUUCCGCAAGGAUGAAGUCCUGACUGUAAUCAGAAGAGUAGAUGACAACUGGGCGGAGGGAAUGCUGGGAGACAAAAUCGGAAUCUUCCCCCUGCUGUAUGUGGAGCUCAACGACGCCGCCAAGCAGCUGAUAGAGAUGGACAAGCUCGGCCCGGCCUCAGCGUCCAGCUGCCUCGCCUCCUUGCCCUCUGACCCUGGUGCGGUGGCCAGCGUGGCUCCGGUCCCCACUUCAGGCAGCACGGGGGCGGUCAGCGCCUUCCAGCGGCGUGUAGACAGCAAGAAGAACGCCAAGAAGCGGCACUCCUUCACAGCGCUCAGCGUGACGCACAAGUCCGCACAGGCUACUGGCCACAGGCGCUCCAUGGAGAUCAGCGCCCCCGUGCUGAUCAGCUCCAGCGACCCCCGGGCCGCGGCCAGGAUUGGGGACCUGGCACACCUGUCCCGCAGUGCUCCCGCCCAGGAUGCCUCGGCCAGAUCCACCCCAGUGGCUGAACAGCAGGGCAUGGCUCCCAAAGUCCAGCUGCCCCUCAACGUGUACCUGGCGCUCUACGCCUACAAGCCCCAGAAGAGUGAUGAGCUGGAGCUGCGCAAGGGCGACACGUACCGCGUCCUUGAGAAGUGUCGGGACGGCUGGUUCAAGGGCACGGCCCUGAGGACUGGGCUCUCGGGUGUGUUCCCGGGGAACUACGUGACGCCUGUCUCCAGGGUUCCUGUAGGAGGGGCUGGGCCAUCUCGGAAUAAUGUGGUCGGAGGGUCUCCACUGGCCAAGGGGAUGGCCACCACCCUCCACCCAGGCGGUGGGAGUCUGAGCAGCCCAGCCACGGCCCUGAGGCCAGCCCUUUCCCUCACCACAGCCCAGGCCCCAGCGCAGCACCCAGCAGCCUCUCCCCCAGCGGGCAGUUGUCUGCGGCACUCGGUCCAGCCGGCGGCCAGCCAGGCCCGGAGUGCCGGCCCUACCGCUGCCCACUCGGCCCAGGCCCAGGGCCGGCCAACCGCCACGGUGUCACCCCUGCGCACCCAGUGCUCCCCGUCCCGCCUGCCCGCUGGCCUCAGGCCCCCGGCCAUGGGGUCCCCGCAGCACAGCCCCCAGCCUGCGACGCAGUGUCCCCGGCCAGCCAUCCCGCUCACGUCGGCAGCCUCGGCCGUCACUCCUCCCAACGUCAGCGCUGCCAACCUCAAUGGGGAGGUCGGAGGGGGCCCCGCCAGCGGCCUGUCUGCAUCCAGCCCCACCAACGCGGGAGGAAGACUUGACGAGAGGAAAAAUGAAAAGAAAGACAAGAAGACUGGGUUGCUGAAGCUGCUGGCCGGUGCGUCCACGAGGAAGAAGUCACGCUCCCCACCGUCCACCUCUCCCACCCACGACCCCCAGGCGGUGGUGGACGCCUCACUCCAGGGUGCAGUGGGGCCUGAAGUGUCCUCGCUGUCCAUCCAUGGCAGGGCUGGGUCCUGCCCUGUCGAGGGUGAGAUGCAGGGGGCCUUGGGGAUGGAGCCGCUGCACUGGAAGGCGGGCUCCUUGGAUCUGAGCUUCCCGUCCCCUGCCCGGCAGGCCUAUCUCUCCACGGCCGCUGUCCGCCCUGAGCCCAAGCCGCUGCCCAGAGAGAGGUACCGCGUGGUGGUCUCGUACCCGCCCCAGAGUGAGGCGGAGAUUGAGCUCAAGGAAGGGGACGUGGUCUUCGUGCACAAGAAGCGUGAGGACGGCUGGUACAAGGGGACUCUGCAGAGGAACGGCCGCACCGGCCUCUUCCCCGGCAGCUUCGUGGAGAGCUUCUGAGGUUGCGCCCGCCACCCCCCAGGACUGGAGGUGCAGGAACCCCAGGGGAGCGGCCAUCUGAAGCCUUGGGUCCUUCUAGGCACCUGGUGGGGAUUUCCGCAUGCACACACGGGACCUGGGGGCAAGAAGGUCACAGCUUCCACCAUCGCUGUGUCCUCUGACAGGAGCAGCGCUGUUGGGUGGUUUGCUUCCAGGAUGCUCCUCUGCUGUCUACUUGCGAGGCUGGCGGAGGGCACAGGCCCAGUGCAGUUGGAGAGCAUCUUUGGGUGGCUCUAGGCCUCACAUGGUCCAGCACCUCCUCCUGGACCCUCAGCAGGGUGCCCUGGCCUGGGGUCGUCACUGGCAGUCCUGGCAAGGCCGGCACGCAGCUCCCAUGGGCAAGGUGGCAACAGUGCCUCGUGCUUUGGCAGCCGGGUCCCCUCUCCUGCGUGCUUCUUUCUUACUUACAUCUUUUUACUACAAAGCUGUUAGACUUUAUAAAUCUCUAACAGGUCCUUCACUGCCUAUUUUUCAUACAUCUGGUGCUGCCUUUUUGUAAAACUAGUCAGGAGUUGGUUGAGCUUGAAAGAAAUAACCUCUGGGGAGACACCAAACGGGCAGAACUUUUACAGGUGCCACGUGAACCUGGAAAGCCAGGUCCUCAGAGGGGCCUCAGGCCUCUGUGGAGUUUGGAAAAGCCCUCCUUUCAUCUUUUCCACCCUUCCAGAGCCCCUGCCUCAUCUGGAGACAUUCUGAUGAGAGGUGGCAGUCGAGAAACAGGAGGGUGGACCCCAGGCCGGGAGGCAGAACUUCCCUCUGCAUUGUCGAGGGGACACAGCAGCCAGGAUUUCCACUGCCGAAACAUGCACUUUUUAUUCAGAUUUACCGCCUUGUGAGGGUUUCUCCAUUUUUUCUUUAAAUAAAUAGCUGCUCUGCUCUUAGUGCAAACGUUGGUCUCGAGACCAGAGACAGGAGGUUAAUGAGGGCUUUGAGGCCUGCCUCAUGCAUACUUGCAGGUUUGGGUAGCUGGGGGGGGGGGGGGGGGGGGUGGCAGCUCUGAUCCUGGGACCUUCCCUGUUGGGGGUUCACGAAGGGCACCCGUGAGUCCAGCUUCCCACAAGCCCUGACAGGAGGAGCCCAUGAGAGAGACACCUUAGGAAUACACUCUUAUCAGUUCCUAAACCCUCUCUCUCUUUACAAAGCCACUCAGGGUUAAAUCAGGCUAAACACACUUAGCCUUUGGUAACACGGGAUCUCUCUGCAACCAAAUCUAGAAGCCCACUCCCCAGCCUGCUGCGAGGCUGCCACAGGAACGCUGUCUUCAGAGUUCCUGUGCUGGGAUGUGACUGGCUACUUGCUGCUACCAGGUGGCUCCGUGCUCCUCCUCGCUCCAGAGGAUGAUAGGUUUAAUAGAGUUGAGAAAUUUGUUCUGAAUAAAAGAAAAAAAUCUGAUUUAAGCACAGGGAGCCCUGUGCACCAAGUUUAUAACAGCCAGAAGGUGCGCAUUUGCCACCGGUUGCCAAAUUAGUUGCCUCCUGUGCACAGAAAUCCUGUGUGUGUCUACAAUUACGUCAUCACCAAAAACGUGCGUGGAUUAACACGCUGAGACACGUGUUCUCCAGUGAAACCAGAGCUGACUCCAUCCCCAGAUGAUACGAAUGCAGUUACCCGGUUACCAAGCAAUAGAAAAGACCUCACCGGUUACCAAGCAACAGAACUCCUCUGGCACCACCCACAUGAUGCUGAGAGGCAGGUGCCUGGCAGAGGGGGCAGAGGCACACGCCUGCCACCCCCCCCACCCCCCACAAGGUAUCUUAGUAAAGCAUCACUGGCCCUUCCCAGGCAGAGUCAGGGCCAGGCACUUGGGCCUCCCCCGGGAAGAAAAGCGACACCAGUGUCAGGGCCUCCUCGCAGGCAGGCCAGGCUCUGGGACCCUGAAUGUGCACGACCACCCCCGAUUCCUGUGCUUUGGGCUGCUUUCAAAACCUGGGUCAGACCAUCAGCCCUCAUGACCACUGAACCAUAGACAGAGCAGGAGCAGAAGGAAACCCUUCUGCUGGGCCAUCCUGCCCGGAAGGACACCCUCAUCCUGGCCACGAAGAUGAACCAACCUUUGCCUGUAACCCUUAAGAUUCCUGAGGUCCAGACCUCACACACCUUGGUCAUGACGUGGCCUUUGGGGCCAAGGCAGUGUGCUCUGGGGAGCAGGGCAGAGUCCUCAGCCACACACAGUGAUGUCAGAGGACAUGGAGGUGACAGGGACAUCCGGCCACCAAAGGGCCACGGGAGCGGAGUCUGGGGAUGGCAGUCUUGUGGUGAACGCUGGGCUCUGGCUGGGAAAUUCUUGGCACUUUGCACAGUCACACACACACACCCCUUGUUUCUGUUAGACACAGAUGUCAGUGUGGUUCUGGAGGAACAGACUGAUGAAAAACCAUGAUGCCUGUGUGUCUGAGUCUUUAAAUAAAACUGAAC